AUGAUUAAUAAGGCUGUCUCUUUACCCAGAACAACAUUUCAAAUGUUUAAAAUGAUAUCAAAAAAUUAAACUAGAUAUUUAUAUGGGAAAUUAGAACACUUUUUUGCUAAUUAUGAAAUGAGUGAAUUUGAAUCUCCAAAAAUUGCCAAUAAUAAAUUUCAAUAUUUAAUUGAGGACAUAUUUUAUUCAAAUAAUCUUCAAUUUAAUACAUCUUUGGCUUCUUAUUUGAAUGUAAAUGAUAUAGAAAUUAGUCAAUUAAUAAUUCUUUUAGAGAAAAUAUACUUAAAUAAUUUAUUUUUAUCAAGAAGCAAUAAAUAAUGUUUAACAUAGAUAGUAUAAAAUUAGUUAAAUUCAUUUAAUGAAGACACUAUCUCAAUAAUUAAUUAAGCAUGUUAAUUAGGAUUUAUUAAUGAAUAACUAAUGGAAACCUUUAUUAAUUAAUUUACUAAUUAAGAAUCUAAAUAAUAUAAUUUUACAAUUUAAGUCUAAUUGCUUUAUAUAUUUGGUUAAGCACUUUUAAAAUAUAAUAAUCUUACAAAAAAUGAAAUAUUCAUAAGAUAAUGGUAGGAAUUAAUAAAAAAUGCUAUUGCAAAUUAUAAACCAGAAUAUAAAAUAUCUGGUUGUAUGUUUUCCUAAAUUUCAUUUUUAAUCAAAGGAUUAUUUUAUAUUAAAUUAGAAUAAGAAGCAACUUAUUUAGGUUAAAUUAUUGAAUUAUAUAAAUGUUAUUAUAGAUUAUUAAUUUCUAACUUUGCUGAAAGUUUAGAUUUUAAUAAUAUGUCACCCAAAGAAUCCACUAUUUUACUUACUGCAUUACUAAAAUUAAAAGAUUAAUUUUUAAAAUAAGAGAUAAGUCUAAUAACAUAAUCCUUAUUAAAUCGAAUUUAAAAAACUGGAGUUUCUGCAUUUAGUGAUCUAGCCUUAUAAUCAUUCGUAUUUAAUUUAACAUAACUUGGAGAUUAUUAAUAAUUGAUGGCAGAAGACAUUUUAUAAUUAUUAUAAUAAAGAGUUUAAUAAUAAUAGUUUUCUCCAAGAAUCAUGAUAGUAAUCUUAUUUGAAAUGCAUUUAAAAUGGAGCUAUACUGUUUCAAAAGAACACUUACUCAAAUUGAUAUCUAGUUUAAAUAUAAAAGAAAUCCCAGAUUUUGAACUUGGCAGUUACUUUUAAUUAUUAACAUUAUUACCUUUAGAUUAGAUAUAACAUAUAAUUAGUAAUAUUGAAUCUGUAUUUUAUUUAUUUUUAUUAUAGGAAAUGAUAAUUAGAGAGUAAUUUUAAAAAGUAAAUUAAUAAUUUAUCAAAAAUGAACCUUAAUCAACUGAUAGAAUGAGAAGAUCUCUCUAAAAAUUAAUAAAUUUAUUAUCAAAUCAUGGAAAAAAUACAGAAUCAUUAGAGAGAACAUUAAAGAAAAUUUUUUGA